AUGCCUUCACAAACAUUCUACUUACUUGGACAAAGUCCAUCCUCCGCCAGGGAAGUCCAGAUAGAUGCUUCCCAAACAUUUGAGGGCCUGCAACUUCUCGUUGCCGGCCAUUUUGCAAUUGUAGAACCAAGUGGAAUCAGUUUCCAGGGACCCGACGCUGUCCUAACUGAAGUGUCUGAGGUUCUGGCAGCGGCGACUCCUGUGCCCAUCACAAUCGAUGGACAUCCCGUUCGCGAUCCACCCUGCCCGAAAGAAUUGCCCUUCGUCGGUACCUUCUUUGAAGUCUAUCCGGAUCAUCUUGGAAAUCAUCAACGUCUUUUCGAGAAGUACGGGCCGAUCAUCAGAACAAGUAACCUGGGUCGUGUCACCUACCAGACCAAUGAUCCGAAGAUCGCCGCCAUUGUGUUCUCUGAAUCCGAUUUCUUCACGAAAAAGAUCAAUGAAUCCCAUCCCCUGCACGCCCUAAAGACUCCUGCUGCUGGUGUUUUUCUUGGUGAUACUGAUACACCGGAAUGGAGGGUCGCUCAUAAAUUCUUGCCUCCCGCUCUGGGCCCCAAGGCGGUUCGACACUAUGCUCCGACGAUGCAGAAGACUGUGGAGGAUUCGUUCAAGGUAUUCGACAAGUUGGACGAGCAGGAUGAAGCGUGGAAUGUCUACCAGUACAUGUUGAAGCUGGGUUCCCAGGCUGUAGGCAAGCUCACCCUUGGGAUAGACUUCCAACAUUUCGACGCACCAGAUGCUCCCGUUCAUGAAAUGGUUCACAACAUCGCCGAAGUCCUAUCCCUCAACAAAAAGGUCACCUCGAAAGGAAACUGGUACAGUUCCCUACCAUUUGGCGACCCAAAAAGACUUAGGAAUCUGAGAGCGCGCAUUGAAGAAAUGGUAGAGGAGUCAAUGAAAAAGGCGUCAAGAGGAGGUGUUGAGGACCUCCCUCUCCAAGAUGCGGCUUUGACAGCAAGCAACAUGGUUGAUUACGCUAUUCGUGCCACUGACAACAAGGGCGAGAAAUUGCCAAAGUCUAGCGUGGUUUGGGCCCUAGUCGUGGCUACGGGUGCCGGUUUCACAACCACCAGCUCUCUCCUCUCCUGGCUCAUAUACGGCCUCUGUCAGUAUGAGGGCAUGCAAGAGCGGUUGCUCCAAGAGUUGAUUGACCACGGCUUCGAUGAGAACACUGAAAUGACUGCCGACUUCACGGACAAAUUGGAGUUCCUUGACAAGUACAUCAAAGAGACUCAGCGACGUCACAAUCCCUCCUUUCAACCGGGACGGACUGCGAAAGUUGACCUAAUCCUGCCAGGUGGAUAUAAGCUGCCGAAGGAUGCAGUGGUGAUCCCUGCCUUGCAUCAUAUCCACAACCAUCCCGGUCUCUGGGACAACCCUGCUCGGUUCAACCCUGAUCGUUGGGACACAGAGGAAGUAAAAGGCAGGCACAAGGCGGCAUAUAUCCCUUUUGCAAUGGGCCCUCGUAUGUGCAUUGGAUUCAACUUUGCGCUUCAGGAGAUCAAGGUCUUUUUGCCCAAACUUGUCUACCGUUAUAAGUUCUCCCGCGAAGGCGAAGAACCCAUCGAAGCGUCGAACCAAAUGGCCAGCAAAGUCGACAAUAGCUUCAUCGUGAGAUUCUAUGAGAAUAUUCGCCAUGCACUUCCGAACAUAGAGGAUGGCGCGGGUCCAAAGACCGACAAAGAGAAACAAGUCAUGAUCUUCAACUUUGCAUCACUAGCACCACUUCACGUUCUCAUCUUUGUCCCGGAGAGUAUCACAAUCAAAAUCUUCGAGACAGUUGCCCAAUUGGGGGUUUUCGAUAGCUCCAUAACACCGAAGGUGGUGCCCUAUCACCUGCACUUCCAAGGGUCAAAUGAGAAGAAACUCCGAUUCUACGACCAAACUACCUUCGUGUGUGCAAUGGAGGGAAAACUUUUUUCGAGCGACGAACUCUCGGAAACAGACCUAAAGUGGAAACCUUCCAACAAACAAUUACUAGAGGUCGUCGUGGAGUGCCAGGCCAUCGAGACACGGGAAUCACGAGAAUACGAAGUGUCGGAAAACAUUUCAAGUUGGCGCGACGAAUUAGCCGCCAGGCAGCUCAAUAAUAACACGUCUACUAUUCAAAAUGAUCCAUUGCCACAGCGCGAUCCAGAGAGUCAAGUCGUUCCAGCUACCAACACUAGAGAAGGAGUUGCGGGAGAGCAUAACAAAGAAAAAGAGAUCACGGCCGAUCCCCAGACUCUGUGCAAAUCUAGUCCCAGGGCCCGCACUGUGCCUGACACUCCUUGCACGCCCAUUGCAGAAAAUGCCCACAAGAAAACGGAUCUCAAGGCUAAUACAACUCUCAAUUUCGAUACACCAGACGCUGUGAGCAUCGUUGAGAUUGACGAAGAGGAUUAG